UAUCAAAGAGUAUUUAUCCGUUGAAUUGAUAUAUCUAAAGAUUACUUGUUGUAUUUUAUAUUUAUUCUGCAGUUUUUUUAAAUUUAUUCCAACAUGUGGAAGUCAUUAUUUUUAUGUUUAUUUAUAACAACAGCACUUGAUGCUUUGCCACUUGAUAAAGAGUCUUAUGAAGAGGUUCCAAUUCCUCCAACUGAAUUGUUACCACCACUUGCUGAUGCUGAAGAAUCAAAAUUUGCUGUUGAUAUAUUUAAUGAAAAUGUAACACUUGCAAAUGAAUUAUUACCACCAUUUGAAAAUAAUAAAACAGAUAAAUUAGGUGUUGUUUAUAUUAUUAAUUUAUAUGCUGUAAGAAAUGCAACAGAAGAUAAUGAUAAUGACGAAGAAGUAUUGAAUGCCGAUAUUACCGGAAAAAUACCAGGAAUACUUGAACCAAUUGCAACGGUAUUAUUGAUUCUUGAAGAAGAAGAUGAAAAUAAACCAGUAAGUCUUGAUGAAUUCGCUAAAGAUCUUGAAGAUGAUGGUUUUAAAGUUGAAAGAAUUGGUGAUGAUAAUGAAAUAAAAGUAAUUAAAAUUGAUAUGGAUGGUACAGAAGAACCAGAUUUUGAGCUAAUUAAACCAGGACAACUCAAUAAAAUACGUCGACGUAGAUCACCAGAACCACAUCUUGGUCUUCUUAAUAAAUUAUUGGACAAACAUAGAGGUGAUGAUUGUGAUCCUUGUCGUCAAAAACAAUAUUAUCAACAACCACCUCAAUAUUAUCAGCCACCACCUCAACAAUAUCAACCACCACCUCAAUAUUAUCAACCACCACGUCAACAUUACCAACCACCACCCCAGCAUUAUCAACCACCACAGUAUGAACCAUAUCGACAACACUAUCGUCCACCACCCCAGCAACAACCUUGUGAUGUCUGCGGUCAAACUGGAGGAAAUCAUGGCUCACACAGCCAAUCGUCAGCUCAAGCAUCAGCUCAGUCAUCUUCAAAUAGUUGGUAAAGAAAAAGUUGAAUAAUUAUUUUUUCUUGAUCAUUGAAGAAUUUAAUUUAACGAGAUACACUGAUUCAUCGAUGUGUCAUCAAACCUUAUUAUUUACAAAUGCUUUUGGCCUUCAAUUUUUAUAACUCAAUGUAUAAAUAAUAAAUAUUUUCAUUUUGAAUUAACAAUAUGAUUUGCUUAACGAAAAAAAAAAAAAAAAAAUACAAAUUUUAUUUGCUGUUGUUGAGUGUACAUGAAUUAUUAUUUUUAUAUUUUCCUGGUACCUGGUAUAAUUGUGGCUUAUUCCACUGGAUCGUGACCUCAUCACUUGUGUUGUUCACGCACAGUGAUACUUUUCACAAUCAUUAUUUAUCAUACAAGUCAUUUUAUUAUAAAGAAAAUAUUAAAUUUAAUUUUUAACCAUUUUUUUUUUUUCGUAUUUUCUACUAAAAUGAUUGCAUAAAAAUUACUAUAUAAUUAUACAAGCACAGGUAUUUUUAAGAGUGAAUAGAUGAAAUAUAAUUCUGUAGAAUUAUUGAUACUGAUGAACCGAUAUUUAUAUUCAUAAAAACUUCCGGUAUUUAAUGGUAAAAAUAAAAAAAAAAUAACAACGUACAGAUAAAAAUAAAAGGUAUUUUUAUUACUCGGUAAUCAAAUUUUUAUAUUUAUCGAAAAACUAUCAAUAUAAUUGUUUUUUAACAACCUAUUAUUAUCAUAAAAAAAAUAAUUUAAAAAAAUAAAAUUAUUAUUUUCAUAAAAGUA